AUGGUGGUGUUCCACCCUCAGGGCGAAAAUCCUUUAAAUGUCUUGCUGCCGGUCAGUUUAUCUUCAGGUUCCUCUAUCAUUUUGUAUGGGUCCAACGGAUGGACGUUUCCAGAACAGGGCGUUAAUUUAACGUUGUCGUACCCCACUUCGGAUACAGAAAUACGGCGAAAAGUUGAUAACUACCUGAUAACUGGCUACGAAGUUCUCUUGUUCACGGACGGCACGGAGUGCACGGGCUCCAUAGCAUCGGGGGGGUUAAUGCGGAACCACAUAACCCUUAACUUCGCUGUGAGUGGUAUAACGAUGUUGUCCUACGAGUUCUGGCUGUAUGGCGUUCCCGGACCGGCGAGGGUUGGGGGUGGGAAGGCCCACCAGAAUUAUAACCUCAUGUGUUGA